AAACCACCCACCCUUGCGCACACAGUCAUACACACACCGCCUCCACUUUUUCUUUAUUUCUUCCAAUAUACCAAUAACUUUCCUAUACAAAACGCACGCACACACACACCACCAUUUUCCAACAGUAAGCAAUUGAGCCGAUAAACACACUCUUCUCUCCAUAUCUCUCUCAAGGGGAAAAUAUAAUGGCGAUUGAGAACCAAGAAACCCCUGUUUUUGAAGUCAAGCCUAAAAACAAGAGAAUCAUGGGAGGUGAUGAGGAAGAGAACCGAUGGCCGCCAUGGCUGAAACCUCUGUUAAAGGAGCAGUUCUUUGUCCAAUGCAAAUUCCAUGCGGAUUCUCACAAGAGCGAAUGCAAUAUGUACUGUUUGGAUUGUAUGAAUGGCGCCCUCUGCUCUCUCUGUUUGUCUCAUCACCGCGAUCACCGCGCUAUUCAGAUAAGGAGGUCUUCGUACCACGAUGUGAUCAGAGUGAAUGAAAUCCAGAAGUAUUUGGACAUAAGCUGUGUUCAGACAUACAUAAUCAACAGCGCUAAGGUUGUGUUCUUGAACGAGCGCCCUCAGCCCCGCCCCGGAAAAGGCGUCACCAACACCUGCCAAGUUUGCGAUCGCAGCCUCCUCGACUCCUUCCGCUUCUGCUCUCUCGGCUGCAAGAUUGUUGGGACAUCGAAGAACUUCCUAAAGAUUCGGAGGCGCUUGCCGGAGAAGAAGGGGGCGGCUUCCGAGUCGUCGGAGGACUCGUACAGCAGCAGCAGCAGCAGCAGUAGCCAUAGCCGGAAUACGAGCAGGUUUCCUAGCUUCACGCCGUCAACGCCGCCGCGGACGGCGCUGAAUUUCCGGUCUUCAAAGCGGAGAAAGGGUAUUCCUCAUAGAUCCCCAAUGGGAGGUCUCAUGAUAGAAAUAUAGGCUCGAAAAUAUUAACUUUAUAAGUUAAAACUUUGCUUAACCUUAUGAAUAAGAAGAAGAAAGAAAAGAUAGGUGUGUUUGUGUUACUCAAGUAUUAGUAGUUAUCCUACUACAUUGUAAAUAGUAGCAACUAUUGUAUAGAAAUGUGAAAUAUAGACCAGACUAGAAACAAAAAAUAAGACAAUGUGUAAAGUUCAGUAUGGAACUUGAGUUCUAUAAGAAAUAUAUAACUCUACUUUGUAUA